AUGCAAGCUGGAAAUGAAGGGCGCUGUGGAGACUCUGGAGAGGCUACACCUGCCGCCGAAACACCAAUCUCAAGCAUUCGUGCAUCCUCCUCCUCUUCUUACAACACCUCCUGUUCCUUGUUUACUGCUCUGGUCGCAUACCCAUUCGAAACAACAGCUGCCACCACCUUUCAAGCCAACCUCUCCCACAUCGCACAAAUGGCCGAUUCGCUUACCGAGGAGCAAGUCUCCGAGUUCAAGGAAGCCUUCUCCCUCUUCGACAAGGACGGUGAUGGUCAGAUCACCACCAAGGAGUUGGGCACUGUCAUGCGCUCCCUGGGCCAAAACCCCAGCGAGUCGGAGCUCCAGGACAUGAUCAACGAGGUGGACGCCGACAACAAUGGAACCAUCGACUUCCCUGAGUUCUUGACCAUGAUGGCCCGCAAGAUGAAGGACACCGACUCCGAGGAGGAGAUCAGAGAAGCCUUCAAGGUCUUUGACCGCGACAACAACGGUUUUAUCUCGGCCGCCGAGCUUCGCCAUGUCAUGACCUCGAUCGGCGAGAAGUUGACCGACGACGAGGUCGACGAGAUGAUCAGAGAGGCCGAUCAGGACGGUGACGGCAGAAUUGACUACAACGAGUUCGUUCAGCUCAUGAUGCAGAAGUAG